UUAAUUGACAUUUUAAAUAAUUCAUACGUCUUCAAAAUUCCAAAUUCAAAAUGAAAAUUAUUAAAUGUCGGUAUUGUAUGAGUUUUAUAACGGAUAUGAUUUUCGCUUCUGUGCGGUCUAGACUAACCCAAAAAGGUGUUGAUUGGAAAUCCAUUGUGAAUACUAAAUUAACCCCAGAACAAUUUUAUACUCACAUACCUCAAAUAGACCAUGCAUUUUACAAUGAUCAUAACUUUGAGAUUGUAUUGGACUGCAGAGGUUACGAACCGAAAGAUGUCACGGCUUCUUUAUCACAGGAUGAAGUUGUGAUAAAGGCAGAAAGAGAAGACAAGAACAUGUCGAAAAUGUAUCCGGGAAUGCCCAAAAUUUGGGAUCCCGAUUCUGGGGAUUGCUGCAUGUCAACUGAAGGCAUUAUCCUUGUUACAGGAGCCUGGAAGUAAAUUUGUUCCGAACUGAAAAUUCAAAGUGACUUUAUUCAAAAUUUCGAAGAAAAGAAAUGUUACAGAUUAAAAUUAAUCGAUCAAUUGUAGACGUUUUUUUAGUAUAACAAUUGUUGUGAUUACAAAUCAAUAAAAUUUAUGAGUUAUA